AUGAAUCCCCUGGGGGACUUCUCCUCUCCUUUUAGUAUAAUUGAUUUGUUACCUUCUUUUGAUUGCUCCUCAGGUCCACGUGGUGCAUUGUUGAAUUAUGUCAAAAUGCAGAAAGGCGUUCUAGCCCGUCUGGUCUAUAAAUGCUUUUCUCUUUUGUAUUAUAAAGAAAAGCUUAUAGCGGAAAUAUCACCAAUAUAUGCUCUUGUCAUACUAUUCUGGUAUGUUGUACAUUAUUGA